AUGAAGGCAUUGUCUAAACUUUUGUUAAAGAAUCACUAAAAUUCUCCAUAAAUAUUUAAAGGAUCUUUCGCAUUCUCAUCUAGCGUAGUCCCAGGGCAUAAGCAGCAGCCAGUGAUAAUAGAUCUGAAUGAUCUCAAGAGAUAAGAUACCAAUAUAUUUGAGCAGAUCGAAGAGGCAUACUCCGACAAGGGUCUUGGAGUGCUGCUAGUUAGAAAUAGUGGGGAGAGUAAGCAGAGAUACAUGUAAAACUACUUAAAUCUUGCUAAGCAAAUGAGAUAAAUAUCAGAGUAUAAGGGUGAUCUCAGUUAUCUCGAGUAGCCACACUUGGAGUAUGGGCAUGGAUUGAACUUAGGCAAGGACGGCUACCUUGAGGGUGGGGAUACUCUCCAGAUAUCUUUCUACGCCAACAUCAUACAAGAAAGCUAUACUGAUCACAAAGGUUUAAUUUGGAAGAAUGUAUGGCCUAAAGACAAAGAAAUUGCCCCUGAAUUUGAAAAAUAUUACAUGUCAACUGGCAGACAAUUCAUUGAUACAGCUAUCAUGCUUGGCAAGAAAUUGGAUGAUUACUUAAAGUAUAAUGUCAAGAACUAUAAAAUGCAAAUAGAGUAGGGCAUUGCAAAGUCACCCAGAAUAUCAGCUAGAUCUAUCUAUUAUGCUGCUCCAAAGAAUAAACAUAACAGUGAUCUGCCUAAGAAUUGGUGCAGUUGGCAUAAGGAUUAUUCAUAUAUCACAGGUUUAGCUCCAGGUGUGUAUGUAGAUUCCUAAGAUAAUGUGAAACAUUCAAAUGGUGACCCAGAGGCUGGUCUGUACAUUCAAAAAAGAGAUUAUGAGAUUUUGAAGCUUAACAUCCCAGAGGAUUGCAUGUGCUUCUAACUAGGAGAACUAUCACAGAUAGUCUCUGGUGGAUUAUUAUAAGCACUUCCUCAUGCAGUUAAAAUGCCCGUCUAAAACUUUGAUAUGCCCAGAAUCUCAUUAGCAGUAUUUAUGGAGCCUGAGUACAAUGAGCCACUUAGUGUUCCAGUAGGUACCAACAUGGACAGGGUAUUGACGAAAUAAGAUAAGGAGCAUAAACUGAGUCCUCUCGAGGAGAGAUGGAAAGAUGGAAUGAGUUUCGGAGAUUAUUAUGAAAAUUGCAGAAUUAGUUUUAGCUAUGCUCCAGAUGUUAAUAAAAAGCAGUGA